CCGCGCGGGGCUGCGCGGAGCGGAGCGGAGCAUGUCGGCGCUGCGGAGGAAGCUGGGCGAUGAGUACCAGGUGGUGAGCACCUCGGCCAGCGGCGGGGGGCUGCCUCCGCCCCGGGCGGCCCCGCGGGGGAAGCGGCAGCGCUUCGUGGAUAAGAACGGGCGGUGCAACGUGCAGCACGGCAACCUGGGCGGCGAGACCAGCCGGUACCUGUCCGACCUGUUCACCACGCUGGUGGACCUCAAGUGGCGCUGGAACCUCUUCAUCUUCGUGCUCACCUACACCGUGGCCUGGCUCUUCAUGGCCUCCAUGUGGUGGGUGAUCGCCUACAUGCGGGGCGACCUGAACAAGGCGCACGACGACAGCUACACCCCCUGCGUGGCCAACGUCUACAACUUCCCCUCCGCCUUCCUCUUCUUCAUCGAGACCGAGGCCACCAUCGGCUACGGCUACCGCUACAUCACGGACAAAUGCCCCGAGGGCAUCAUUCUCUUCCUCUUCCAGUCCAUCCUGGGCUCCAUUGUGGACGCCUUCCUCAUCGGCUGCAUGUUCAUCAAGAUGUCCCAGCCCAAGAAGAGGGCUGAGACCCUGAUGUUCAGCGAGCACGCGGCCAUCUCCAUGCGGGACGGCAAGCUCACCCUCAUGUUCCGCGUGGGCAACCUCCGCAACAGCCAUAUGGUCUCAGCGCAGAUCCGCUGCAAGCUGCUCAAGUCCCGCCAGACGCCCGAGGGCGAGUUCCUGCCGCUGGACCAGCUGGAGCUGGACGUGGGCUUCAGCACGGGCGCCGACCAGCUCUUCCUCGUCUCGCCGCUCACCAUCUGCCACGUCAUCGAUGCCAAGAGCCCCUUCUACGACCUGUCCCAGCGCAGCAUGCAGACCGAGCAGUUCGAGAUCGUCGUCAUCCUGGAGGGCAUCGUGGAAACCACGGGGAUGACGUGCCAGGCCAGGACAUCCUACACCGAGGAUGAGGUGCUCUGGGGCCAUCGCUUCUUCCCGGUUAUUUCCUUGGAAGAAGGGUUCUUCAAAGUCGACUACUCGCAGUUCCACGCGACGUUCGAGGUCCCCACGCCGCCGUACAGCGUGAAGGAGCAGGAGGAGAUGCUGCUCAUGUCCUCGCCCCUGAUAGCGCCCGCUGUCAGCAACAGCAAGGAGAGGAAUAACUCGGUGGAGUGCCUGGAUGGUCUCGAUGAGGUUGGCAUAAAACUACCUUCCAAACUGCAGAAAAUAACCGGAAGGGAAGACUUCCCCAAAAAACUCCUCAGGAUGAGCUCCACCACCUCCGAGAAGGCCUACAGCAUGGGCGAUUUGCCCAUGAAACUGCAGCGGAUCAGCUCGGUCCCUGGGAAUUCGGAAGAGAAACUGGUGUCCAAAGCCACCAAGAUGAUGUCGGAUCCCAUGAGCCAGUCCGUGGCCGACUUGCCGCCCAAGCUCCAGAAACUGUCGGGCGGCGGCCGGAUGGAAGGGAACCUUCCUCCGAAACUGAGAAAAAUGAAUUCCGAUCGCUUCACAUAACCCGGCUACCGAGGCCGGACUGCUCCAGCAGGCGCGGUGCGGGAGGAAGGCCCCGACAGGGCCGCACGUGGCUCCGUGCCCGGCGGUGGUGGGCGCAACCAGCAGGCCGCGCUGCCCCGGGGGCCAACAGAGCCGGCCGCCCCCGGCAUGUAGAACCACGACGCGCAUGCAAUAAUAGUGUGCAAUCCUUGCAUCUAGUUUUCUGGCAUGGCUCCUACUAUAUUUAUACUGUAUAUUCUGAAAAAAAAAAAAACGCAUCGAGGGGCGUUCCGUUCCCCCGUAUUUCUUAAGAGUCGGUAGUAGGUCAAACAUGCGCGUGGGUAACUUUCAGGGUAAGUUAAGUUCUACUUUGAGUUCGUUUUCUUUUCUUCUGACGUGGGUUGCGAUGUUUCGUUCGAAGUAGUUACGGUGCACGCCUUUUCUUUCUUAAAAGGAAGUGUAUUAGUUAAUUCCUCACACCAAAUCUGCUGGCCUUAAGCUAACUAACUGCUGGUUUCCAUUUUGCUUUAAGUUCUUCUUGGGUUUUCUUUUCCUGCCUCUAGACUGCUGGAAAAAAAUUGAGAAAGGAAGCUUCUAUCAAUAAGGCUUGGCAAAACGAUAAAGGAAUGGGUAAAAUUCGCACUUGAGGUAAAAUUAGAAAAAACAAUUGAACUUUUGAAAGAAUUCUGUCUCUGUACAAUAAACAGACAACAUGCUUGGUUUCUCAGGACAGCUGACGAUGACAGCAGUUGUGUUGUUCAGUUGUCCUUGAAGUCAGGCAGGCUCCUGUUGUGGAGCAGAGCCAGGCUCCCCCUGAGCCCCUGUGGUGCCAGGGCUUUGCUCUCCCUUACUCUGAAGCCCCAUCCUGCAAACCCAGGUCCCAGCGGUGGUUCUGUGAGCCCACACCUUGCAGCCAGAGCUGUGAGAGCUGCUGAGUCCCAAGGUGAUCCCUGUACUGCUUUCUCUGUGGUGAGAACACGCGCUAACCGAGGUUGACCCUGUGGGUUUUGAAAUGAGUAAUACUUGGUGUAAAUGUUUGGUUUGGUAUCCUCCCGUGGCUGUGCGUGGUUUUUGGGUUUUUUAAUCCUGUUUUACUCCCUCUCUGCUGCUGUGCCCCAGCACCUGUUUCAUUGGGAAACAGUAGUUUGGUUUUGGUAGAAGUGGUGCCAUGGGGUGAGAGCUGAGACAUGCAGUAUUGCUGGAAGGGUUGGCUCAGACUCCACAGGGACUCCGUGCUUGGCCUGGAAGUUGCCCUGUGUGCUCGAUCAGCUGUGCACUCCCAGGCUUUCUACCAACUAAAGGUUUUUUCCAUUGUUUAUGAUGAUUUUUGAGUGGCACUGCACGCUUCUUACACCUUUGGCCGUACUGAAAUACUUUGCACAUUAUUGUUAAAGGGAACUGUGUGUGUAGCUCCCUGUGUGCUGACGCUGUGCGCUGAACGAGUGAUGAGCAGACUUCCAACGUUGCAAGGUAAGCUCUGAACAUUUUUCCCCUAUUUGCUAACACUUGUUCAGGCCAUCUUGUAAACUACAGCAGACUUCUGUGCCACGUGAAAAUGGCCACAUACAAUGGUCAGGUGUCAACAGUAAAUAUGUCACCUCCAAUCCAAACCAGAAAGCCGGGGACACUGAAUCAGCGUGAUGGUUCUACAAGUUGUAGAACCAUAGAAUGGCUUAGGUUGGAGGGGACCUUAAAGAUGGUCCUGCCAUGGGCUGGCUGCCCCCCUACCUGCUCAGGCUGCCCCAUCUCUGGCCUUGGCAUCUCCAGGGAUGGGGCACCCAUCGUGCUUGGGGCAGCCUACUGCCCUGCAGCCCCUCCUGGCACAGCAGGCCUAUGGGUCAGCCCCCUGCACCCAGGCCUCCAUAUGGACAGCCAACGUACCCCCCCAUACUAAGAGCCUUGGAGUGUCCCCAGCUAUGUCCCUGUGCUGCACAAACUGAAUGUAAAGGGCUGACCGGGAGCAGCGAGCCAGCAGCCCGAGUGGGGGCAAGGUGCUGGGUCUCACCAGGAGAGUGUUCUUGUGUUUGUUCAAUUAAUGCCAUUAUGAAAUACUAAAGGUGAUAGCUCAUUCAACAUCUUAAGUAAUUUGCCUGUCCUUGUUGCACACAGGUUUUCUGAGGCUUGUGGCUUGUAUCGCAAUGUAUGAUGUAUGUUGAGGCUAAAAUACACGUGUCUUCUGUCACUAAGAGUGAAAGUAAAAACCUGGAUGAUUGGUAACUGCCUUUGGUUAUUGGGUUCAGGAAGUUAUUUCUGGUUAACAUUUCAUUCUUACUGGUGUGGCCUUUUCUGUUUUUCCUGAACGUUUUCACCCAGCCCUAAGGCUUGUGCUAAGAGAAGUGUGUCUGUUUGUUGGACUGCACAGCCGGUCUGUGUUCUCUACUGCUGAAUUUAUGCUUGAAUUAUAUUGUAAAUUGUACAUAUUUGAAUUAGAAUAAACUAAAUGCAUUUUCUGGCAUGCACUCUAUAACUGUAUAAAUGUACAAGUUUACCUGAAUUAUACAAAACAAACUCUUGUAUUCAUUAAUACUGCAAGCUCAGUUUUAUCUACAGCUGUAUUAAACUUUGAGAAUUGUUCA